UCGUCAAGGUAACUUGCACAUUUUGAAGCUUACGAACCAAUUCACGAAGAUGCCACCUAAAGCGAGCGGAAAAGCCGUGAAGAAGGCCGGCAAGGCCCAGAAGAACAUCAGCAAGACUGACAAGAAGAAGAAGAGGAGGAGGAAGGAAAGCUACGCGAUCUACAUCUACAAGGUGUUGAAGCAGGUCCACCCUGACACUGGAAUCUCCAGCAAAGCCAUGAGCAUCAUGAACAGUUUCGUCAAUGAUGUUUUUGAGCGUAUCGCUGCUGAAGCUUCCCGUCUGGCUCAUUACAACAAGAGAUCCACCAUUACAUCCCGGGAAAUCCAAACCGCUGUCAGGCUCCUGUUACCUGGUGAAUUAGCCAAGCACGCAGUCUCUGAGGGAACCAAGGCUGUUACCAAGUACACCAGCUCCAAGUAAACGCCUCUUCUACGCUGAUAAAACGGCCCUUUUCAGGGCCAACAAAUAUUUCUACGCAGACCACUUCGUUCACGAAGCAAUUCUAUUCUCACCUAAAUUUUGGCGUUAUCCUCAAUGUACGUUACUUGCGACAAUUCUACAGACCACUCCUAUUCCCAUGAGGUACAGAUAUUUAACUUUUUUGUUUAAUGCAGAUAUUCCUUUCGUAUAGUCAUGUUUCCCAUUCUUUAAGCUCGUCUAAACGUGGUUCAUGACAAAGUCGCAUUUUAGCGCAUUAUUUCACGUUUCGCGCAUAUCGUAGCAAUUUUCUUGAUGUUCAAUUAUUAUCGAUUAUGGGCAUGAACGCGGUAUAAAAGAAAACUGCAGUUACUAUUCGGCGAAUAUGUUAUGAAUCAUUCCGAAUUUGUAUUCGCUACAAUGCUAAUCCUGUCACUGAUUAAUAUCGCCAAGUAGAUAUUGCAAUAACAAGAACAAGCUUUCUUAGAGCAUAAACUUUCAAUGGGAAAAUUUCUCUUCCGACAAAAUUGGAUAAAAUCUACUGUUCAAGAUUUGAUUUAAAAAUUUUUCCAUCUCUAGUGUUAAUAUAAUUUAUCAUUCAAUAACUAUUUCUCUCUAAAUAGUUCGACAAUUUUUAAGGUAGUUUGUUACAUGAGAUUGUGAAAUUUUAUUUAGCACGUAGUUUUUACAUACGUGUAUUUUUAGACGAAGGAUAAAUAAAAUAUUUUUUGAAAGAAAGACAUGCAUGUGUUUUUAUUGAUUGUACAUUUCUUGUAAUAUUACAAUAUUUUGAUUUUGAACAAGGGUUACGUUGCAUUGUUGCCUUUGUCAGGAUUGAAACAUUUAGAAUGGAAUCUAGUCGGUCGUACAAUACACACGCGUUUUCAUGAUACAAUUUCUUAGUAGUUAAUCAUACUGGAGUCAAACAAUCGCAUAAAGGAUUAUAUUUCUAAUUUGUUCAUACAUACCACUAUAACAAAAUGAUGUACUUAUAAUAAAAUUACUGUUGUUUACUUA